AUCUUCAAAAUGAUUGAAUUUUUUUUUUAUGUUUGAGCAGGGCUGAAGUUGUUCAACAGAUCUAUGAAAAAAAAAGUAAAACAAAAAACAACAUUAAUGUAUACAUUUUUUAUAGCCACUUUUACAAGCGGACGUUUUUGUCCUCUAAUGACUCUUGUAUGAAAAUUAAAGUGAAGCCUGAGGGUUAAGGCUCAUAUGAUUUAUAGAGGCUCAAAGUUCAGUUUCCAGUUGUAAAUACAUUUCAUUCUACUGUCAGUUUAAAGAAAUAAUACAACUGUUAUAUGUGUGAAAACACAGUUACAGCUGUCUGUAAUUCACACAAUAUGUUUCUGUGUUUCCUACAGAUUUUCAACAGAUGGUUCUGGUUAAAUAAGAAGCUUCAGAAGAACAGAGUGCUCGUGUCAACCACCAGCACCUAGAUUUUCUCCACAAAAAGGAGGAACAGGAGAAACUCUGGUCUAGUAUGGAGGGAGAGCAUCUCCAUUUGAAUAAGGAGACUGAUGCUGCCAGGCUUCAAUCCUUUAGCCAAAAAACACAUUUAAACAAACACACGAGAGUCCAGACAAAGCAGAAGCAUUUUGCCUGUGAGCACUGUGGACAAAGGUUUCACCAAAAGACUAAUUUAAUCACACACAUGAGCGUCCACACAGGAGAGAAGCCUUUUGGUUGUGAGCUCUGUGGAACGAGAUUUAGCCAAAAGACAACUUUAAACCGUCACAUGAGAGUCCACACAGGAGAGAAAUCUUUUGCUUGUGAGCUCUGUGGAACGAGAUUUAGCCAAAAGACAACUUUAAACCGUCACAUGAGAGUCCACACGGGAGAUAAGCCUUUCGCCUGUGAACUCUGUGGUCAUAGAUUUAGUGAAAAGGGAAGUUUAAACACACACAUGAGAGUCCACACUGGACAGAAGCCCUUUCCUUGUGAGCUUUGUGGAAAGAAAUUUAGCUUAAAGUCAACUUUAAACAGUCACAUGAGAGUCCACACUGGAGAUAAGCCCUUUCCUUGUGAGCUCUGUGGAACGAGAUUUAGCCAAAAGGAACAUUUAAACAGUCACAUGAGAGUCCACACAGGGCUGAAGCCCUUUCCUUGUGAGCUCUGUGGAACGAGAUUUAGCCAAAAGACACAUUUAAACCGUCACAUGAGAGUCCACACAGGAGAGAAAUCUUUUGUCUGUGAGCUCUGUGGAACAAGAUUUAGCGGAAAGACAAACUUAACCACACACAUGAAAGUCCACACAGGAGAUAAGCCCUUUCCUUGUGAGCUCUGUGGAAAGAAAUUUAGCUUAAAGUCAACUUUAAACAGUCACAUGAAAGUCCACACAGGAGAUAAGCCCUUUCCUUGUGAGCUCUGUGGAAAGAAAUUUAGCUUAAAGUCAACUUUAAACAGUCACAUGAGAGUCCACACAGGACAGAUGCCUUUUGCUUGUGAGCUCUGUGGACAAAGAUUUAGCCGAAAGUCAACUUUAAACAGUCACAUGAGAGUCCACACUGGAGAGAAGCCUUUCGCCUGUGAGCUCUGUGGUAAUAGAUUUAGUGAAAAGGGAAGUUUAAACAAACACAUGAAAGUCCACACAGGAGAGAAGCCUUUCGCCUGUGAGCUCUGUGGUAAUAGAUUUAGUGAAAAGGGAAGUUUAAACAAACACAUGAGAGUCCACACUGGAGAGAAGCCUUUUGCUUGUGAGCUCUGUGGACAAAGAUUUAGCCGAAAGUCAACUUUAAACAGUCACAUGAGAGUUCACACUGGAGAGAAGCCUUUCGCCUGUGAGCUGUGUGGUAAUAGAUUUAGUGAAAAGGGAAGUUUAAACACACACAUGAGAGUCCACACUGGAGAGAAGCCUUUCACCUGUGAGCUCUGUGGUAAUAGAUUUAGUGAAAAGGGAAGUUUAAACAAACACAUGAGAGUCCACACUGGACAGAAGCCCUUUCCUUGUGAGCUUUGUGAAAAGAAAUUUAGCUUAAAGUCAAAUUUAAACAGUCACAUGAGAGUCCACACUGGACAGAAGCCUUUUGCUUGUGAGCUCUGUGUAAAAAGAUUUAGCCAAAAGACACAUUUAAACAAACACAUGAGAGUCCACACUGGCUUUUCGCCUGUGAGUUCGGUGGAAAAGAUUUAAC